AAACGGUGCUGGUGUGGUAAGGUAACCCAAAUCGAAGACAAAGGAAUCGCGGAAUUAUCAUUUGCGUUGCGCGAGAGCUGAGUGUGAAACGAGCGAAGAAUUAGAAGAUGGCGUGCUUACAUGACCACAGUUGCGAAGACCAUGAUUGUUCCUCUGACUGGUCUCUCUACAAGCACAUCGACCUCUCCAAGGUAUCAGCUUUGAAUGAGGCAACUCCAGGCAGUGUUAAAUCAGUUUUCAAAGCUUGGGAAGACCGUCUGAAUUCUUCUGGGGACCACUUGGAGAGCAAUGAGGGUGAUCCUGAGUUACUUGUAUUUAUUCCAUUCACUUCAGAUGUCAAAAUUAAGAGCAUAUCCAUAGUUGGUGGAGCUGAUGGAACAAGUCCUUCAAAGAUGAGAGCGUUCAUCAAUCGAGAUGGCAUUGACUUUUCAGAUGCACAAAGCAUGCAAGCCAUUCAGGAAUGGGAGUUGGUUGAGAAUAUGCAAGGAGUAUUGGAAUACCAGACAAGAUAUUCUAAAUUUCAAAGUGUGGCAAAUAUUACGUUGCAUUUUCCUGACAAUUUUGGAGGUGACACAACUAAAAUACACUAUAUUGGCUUUAAAGGCGAAGCCACUCAGUUAAAAAGGGACGUUGUUGCCACUAUUGUUUAUGAACUUAUGCCAAAUCCUUCUGACCACAAGACACGUUCUGAAACUGGCGGGGGUCUUUCCCAUGUUGAAUGAAACACAUCUUCUGCUGAUGUUGUUUUGUUAGUGGAUAGCCACCACAAGGUCCCCAACCCACCUUUCCCGUGUUUCCUCCCACCUAAUACAAAAAAAAAAUAAAAAAAAAUACAGUAUGAAAUAAUUUGGUCCUGGAGUCUAUGUAAAUUGUAUAUGAAAUUAUGUGGCUACAAACUGGUUUAUCUGGAUUAUGAAUAUCAAUACUGUCAUGACAAUUUAAAUAUCUUAUCUAGCAAUCAAAUCA